CGAGCAGGCGGGGCGCGUCGUGAGCGGGGAGGCCUUUCCGGGCCUGCGGCGGCCAGCGCAAAAUGCGGCGGCGGCCGCGCUGAGUCCCGACCUCCGGGAGCGCGCUGGGCCGAAGUGGCCCGCGCCGUGGCCGCUUGGCGACAUGUCGGCGGUCAAGGAAAACCCGUGCAGGAAAUUUCAGGCCAACAUCUUCAACAAGAGCAAGUGUCAGAACUGCUUCAAGCCCCGCGAGUCGCAUCUGCUUAACGACGAGGACCUGACGCAGGCUAAACCUAUUUAUGGUGGCUGGCUGCUCCUGGCUCCAGAUGGCACUGACUUUGAUAACCCAGUGCACCGGUCUCGGAAAUGGCAGCGACGAUUCUUCAUCCUGUAUGAGCAUGGCCUUCUGCGCUACGCCCUGGAUGAGAUGCCUACCACCCUCCCUCAGGGCACCAUCAACAUGAACCAGUGCACAGAUGUGGUGGAUGGGGAGGCCCGCACUGGGCAGAAGUUCUCCCUCUGCAUUCUGACGCCCGACAAGGAACAUUUUAUCAGAGCAGAGACCAAGGAGAUCAUCAGUGGGUGGCUAGAGAUGCUCAUGGUGUAUCCCAGAACCAACAAGCAGAACCAGAAGAAGAAACGGAAAGUAGAGCCACCCACCGCACAGGAGCCUGGGCCUGCUAAGAUGGCUGUCACAAGCAGCACUGGUGGUGGCAGUGGCAGCAGCAGUAGCAGCAUUCCCAGUGCCGAGAAAGUUCCUACCACCAAAUCCACACUCUGGCAGGAAGAAAUGAGAGCCAAAGACCAGCCUGAUGGGAACAGCCUGAAUCCAGCUCAGAGUCCCAGCCAAAGCCUGCCUCCUGCUGCUUGCACCCCACGGGAACCAGGGCCAGAAAGCAAAGAAGAUGAAAGCACCAUGAGUGGGGACCGUGUGGAUAGUGGUCGGAAAGUACGGGUAGAGAGUGGCUACUUCUCCCUGGAGAAGGCCAAGCAGGACCUGAGGGCUGAGGAGCAGCUGCCUCCACCACUCUCUCCACCCAGCCCCAGCACCCCACACAGCAGGUAUGGUUGUCCUGGAUCGCCUUCACAGGAACUCAGCCACCCCCUUCACUCCCCAGGUCUUCCAGCCCCAAGUCGCAUGGUCUACAGCAUCUGCCCUGACAGCAUGGGUGAGGCCAGCAGGCCGCCCAACCACAUGGACUCCAGCAGUGCUGGGGGGUGGGGAACAGAGAUACUGGGGAGCACCUUUGCCUUUAAAGCCAGCAGGCAGUAUGCCGCCCUGGCCGACGUCCCUAAGGCCAUCCGGAUCAGCCAUCGAGAAGCCUUCCAGGUGGAGAGAAGGCGGUUGGAGCGUAGGACUCGGGCCCGGAGCCCUGGCAGGGAAGAGGUGGCCCGUCUGUUUGGCAACGAGCGGAGGAGGUCCCAGGUAAUUGAGAAAUUUGAGGCCUUGGACAUUGAAAAGGCAGAGCACAUGGAAACCAACAUGCUGAUUAUGACCACUCCAUCAAGUGACACUCGUCAGGGCCGCAGUGAGAAACGGGCCAUCCCUAGAAAGCGGGACUUUGCCAGUGAAGCCCCCACAGUUCCUCUCUCAGAUGCUUGUCCCCUGUCUCCACACCGAAGAGCCAAGUCAUUGGACAGGAGGUCCACAGAAUCCUCCAUGACGCCUGACCUACUGAAUUUCAAGAAAGGCUGGCUAACCAAGCAGUAUGAGGAUGGCCAGUGGAAGAAACACUGGUUUGUCCUGGCCGAUCAGAGCCUGAGAUACUACAGGGAUUCCGUGGCUGAGGAGGCAGCUGACCUAGAUGGAGAAAUUGACUUGUCCACCUGUUAUGAUGUCACCGAGUAUCCAGUCCAGAGAAACUAUGGCUUUCAGAUUCAUACCAAGAAGGGUGAGUUCACCCUGUCAGCCAUGACAUCUGGCAUACGACGGAACUGGAUCCAGACAAUUAUGAAACAUGUGCUCCCAGCAUCUGUCCCAGAUGUGACCAGCUCAUUGCCUGAGGAAAAGAAUAAAAGCACACCUUCUUUUGAGACCUGCCCGAGGCCAAAUGAGAAGCAAGAAGCUGAGCCAGGAGAGCCAGAUCCUGAGCAAAAGAAGAGCCGUGCUCGUGAGCGGAGGCGGGAGGGCCGCUCCAAGACGUUUGAUUGGGCUGAAUUCCGCCCCAUUCAACAGGCCCUGGCUCAAGAGAGGGCCAACACUGUGGGGUCCUCUGAUGCUGGUGAACCUGGGCGUCUUGAAGCAGAGCCAGGUGAGCUGGAGCGUGAACGAGCCCGAAGGCGAGAAGAGCGCCGCAAGCGCUUUGGGAUGCUGGAAACCGUUGAUGGGCCAGGUAUGGAGGAUACAGCCCUACGUAUGGACAUAGACCGGAGCCCAGGGCUGCUGGGAGCCCCUGACCUCAAGACACAGAAUGUCCAUGUGGAAAUUGAGCAGCGGUGGCACCAAGUGGAGACUACCCCUCUCAGGGAGGAGAAACAGGUGCCUAUUGCCCCUCUGCAUCUAUCCUUGGAGGACAGAAGUGAACGGCUCUCCACACACGAGCUCACCUCUCUGCUAGAGAAAGAGCUGGAGCAGAGCCAGAAAGAGGCCUCGGAUCUUCUAGAGCAGAAUCGGCUUUUGCAGGACCAGUUAAGGGUGGCCCUGGGCCGAGAGCAGAGUGCCCGGGAGGGCUAUGUGCUGCAGACUGAAGUGGCCACUUCCCCAUCCGGUGCCUGGCAGAGGCUCCAUAGAGUCAACCAAGACCUCCAAAGUGAGCUGGAAGCUCAGUGCCGGCGACAAGAGCUCAUCACCCAGCAGAUUCAGACGCUGAAACAUAGCUAUGGGGAGGCCAAGGAUGCAAUCCGGCACCAUGAGGCUGAGAUUCAAACCCUGCAAGCAAGACUUGGUAAUGCAGCUGCAGAACUGGCCCUUAAGGAGCAGGCUCUAGCCAAGCUCAAGGGUGAGCUGAAGCUGGAGCAGGGCAAAGUUCGUGAGCAACUGGAGGAAUGGCAACACAGCAAGGCCAUGCUGAGUGGCCAGUUGAGGGCCAGUGAGCAGAAACUCAAAAGUACAGAAGCCUUACUGCUAGAGAAGACACAAGAACUGAAGGACCUAGAAACGCAGCAGGCAUUGCAAAAGGACCGACAGAAGGAGGUGCAGAGGCUGCAGGAAUGCAUUGCUGAGCUCAGCCAGCAGCUAGGUACCAGUGAGCAGGCCCAGCAUUUGAUGGAGAAGAAGUUGAAGAGGAACUACACAUUGUUACUGGAGAGCUGUGAGCAGGAGAAGCAGGCACUUUUGCAGAACCUCAAGGAGGUAGAGGACAAGGCUAGUGCCUAUGAGGACCAGCUACAAAGCCAUGUGCAGCAGGUGGAGGCCCUUCAGAAAGAGAAACUGAAUGAAACAAGCAAAGGCAGUGAGCAGGUGCACCAGCUAGAGGAAGAGCUGGAAGCCCGGGAGGCUAGCAUCCGCCAGUUAGCCCAGCACGUACAGAGCCUCCAUGAUGAACGGGAUCUCAUCAAGCAGCAAUUCCAAGAACUCAUGGAACGUGUGGCCAUGUCUGAUGGGGAUGUGGCUGAGCUCCAAGAGAAGCUGAGGGGAAGAGAAGCUGACUACCAGAACCUAGAGAACUCACACCACAAGGUCUCUAUCCAGCUACAGAGUGUACGCACUCUGCUGAGAGAAAAGGAAGAAGAACUGAAACACAUUAAGGAAGCACAUGAGAGAGUUCUAGAAAAGAAAGACCAAGAUCUUAAUGAGGCUUUGGUUAAAAUGAUUGCCUUGGGCAGCAGCUUAGAGGAAACAGAAAUUAAGCUGCAGGAAAAGGAAGAGUGUCUAAGGAGAUUUGUAAGUGAUUCUCCAAAGGAUGCCAAAGGGCCUCAGAGUACCGCAGAGCAAACGGAGGAGGACCGUGGCAUUUUGUCCCUAGACUCAGUCACCAGAGUAUUUCCAGGCUUUCCCCACUCACAGCCAGAGGAUGAAGACCCAGGUGCUGGCCUAGGGGAAGAAUGUAACAGUGGUAGCCCCAGCAGAGAGGAGAACAUGGUACCCCCAAAGUCUGCAGAUGUGCCUGACAGGGAUGGGCAUCUGCAAAGCACCUCUAAGUCUGACCAGGGAGCACCUGUAAAAAGGCCAAGAAUCCGGUUCUCCACAAUCCAGUGCCAAAGAUACAUACACCCUGAGGGUUGUGCAAAGGCCUGGACUAGCAGCACAUCAUCAGACACCAGCCAGGACCAGUCACCCUCAGAGGACAGUGUGUCCUCAGAAGCUACCCCUAGCACACUCCCUGCAGCUGCAGAUGCUGAAACAUAUAUCUCUAUAAUCCACUCCCUGGAGACAAAGCUCUAUGUCACAGAGGAGAAACUCAAAGACGUGACCGUGAGGCUGGAGAGCCAGCAGGGCCAGAGUCAGGAGGCAUUGCUUGCAUUGCACCAGCAGUGGGCUGGCACUGAGGCACAGUUGAGGGAGCAACUCCGUGCCAGCCUACUACAGGCUAGCGCACUGGCCUCUCAGCUAGAGAAAGAGAGACAGGAGAAGGCAACAAACAUUGAACACCACUCUGGGGAGCUGGAAGACUUCCAAGCCAAAAAUAGCCAAGCCCUGACAUGCUUAGAAAACUGCUGGAAAAAGCUAAGGUCUCUGCCAUUUGCUGACCAGGAGGAGGGACAGGAUGCAUGUGCAGCCUCCCUGGCUAAUAUAGAGAGUAUGCUUGUGAGUGCUAUAAAGGCCCUUCAGCCUUGGGAGUCCCCAGCAGACAGCAGGACGCAGACUGAGCAAGAGACAAGGCAUCCCAUGGAAAGUGGUCUGGCAACCCAUGUUCAGGAGCCCUACCAGCCCAUAUUGAAUGAACAGGAACAUAGGAAGCUACUUUCUGCUCAGAUAGUUCUAGAGGCCUCACUCAUCAACCAAAUUGCUGACUCUCUAAAGAAUACCACUUCAGAUGUGUAUGGUGUUCUCCGUGAGCUUACUCAGUCAGGGGAGUGGCCUCUGAAGGAAGAAAGUACUGCCCUCUCUGCUGGGGCUCCAAUGGAGAUUUGGGCCAAGAAGGUACUGGUGAAUGGUGAGUUCUGGAACCAGGUCGAGUCCCUAAGUAAGCACCUAGGGACACUGGGAGAAGAAGCAGCCUGCACGUCAGGAGACAGGCAGCAGCAUAUUUCCCAAAGUCUGGCUGAUGCCACAUGGAUUCGUGCAGAGCUCAGCUAUGCCACACAAUCAUUAAGAGAAUUGUUCCACCAUAGGCUACAGAGCAUACAGGAGACCCUACAGGGGACCCAGGCAGCCCUACAGCAGCACAAGUGCAUGCUAGGAGAAAUCUUGGGAGCCUACCAAACCCCAGACUUUGAAAGAGUAAUACAGCAGAUCUUAGAAACCCUCAGGCAUCCAGCUGGCAGGGAGGACCAAGUACAAACAUCCUGGGACCAGAGCCCAUUAGGAGAGGUACUAAGGCCAGGCACAGAUGGCUCCCAAGAACCUUUGCAGGCUUUCCAUCAGAGCCCUGAAGUCCUUGCUGCCAUUCAGGAUGAGCUGGCCCAGCAGCUGAGGGAAAAGGCUAGCAUCCUUGAGGAGAUUUCAGCUGCCUUACCAGCCCUGCCUCCCACAGAGCAACUAGGGGGUUGCCAAAGGCUUCUGCAAAUGUCACAGCAUCUCUCAUAUGAUGCUUGUCUAGAGGGCCUUGGUCAGUAUUCUUCAUUACUGGUUCAAGAUGCAAUUAUUCAGGCUCAGGUGUGUUAUGCAGCAUGCAGAAUUCGGCUGGAGUAUGAAAAGGAGCUGCGGUUUUACAAGAAGGCCUAUCAGGAGGCCACAGGGGUCUCUUGCCAGAAGCGUGCACAAGCAGUUGGAGCCCUGAAGGAGGAGUAUGAAGAACUUCUCCAGAAACAGAAGAGUGAGUACCAUAAGGUGAUCUCCCUCAUUGAAAAGGAAAACACUGAGCUCAAGGCCAAGGUGAGCCAGAUGGAUCAUCAACAGAGAUGUCUACAAGAGGCAGAAAGCAAACAUAGUGAAAACAUGUUUGCCCUGCAGGGCAGAUAUGAGGAGGAGAUCAGGUGCAUGGUGGAGCAACUGAGCCACACCGAAAAUACACUGCAGGCUGAGCGUAGCCGGGUUCUCAGCCAGCUAGACGCUUCAGUCAAAGACAGGCAGGCCAUGGAACAGCAACAUGUGCAGCAAAUGAAGAUGCUGGAGGACAGAUUCCAGCUGAAGGUCCGGGAGCUACAGGCUGUCCAUCAGGAGGAGCUCCGGGCCUUGCAGGAACACUACAUGUGGAACUUGCGGGGAGCCCUCAGCCUCUGCCAACCCUCACACCCAGAUUCCCCACUGGCUCCCAGGCCAUCUGAACCCAGAACUGUGCCAACAGCCAAGGAUGAGGCUGAAUCGAUGACAGGGCUACGAGAACGUAUCCAGGAGUUGGAGGCCCAAAUGGACGUCAUGCGAGAGGAGCUGGGCCACAAAGAGCUGGAGGGUGAUGUGGCCACCUUGCGAGAGAAGUACCAGCGGGACUUUGAGAGCCUCAAGGCUACAUGUGAGCGAGGCUUUGCUGCCAUGGAAGAGACACACCAGAAGAAGAUUGAAGACCUACAGAGACAACACCAGCGGGAGCUAGAGAAGCUGCGGGAGGAAAAGGACCGCCUCCUGGCUGAGGAGACAGCUGCCACCAUCUCAGCCAUUGAAGCCAUGAAGAAUGCUCACCGGGAGGAGAUGGAACGGGAGUUAGAGAAGAGUCAGCGGUCUCAGAUCAGCAGCAUCAAUUCGGACAUCGAAGCCCUGAGGCGGCAGUACCUGGAGGAGCUGCAGUCAGUGCAGAGGGAGCUGGAGGUUCUUUCGGAGCAGUACUCCCAAAAGUGCCUGGAGAAUGCACACCUGGCCCAGGCGCUGGAGGCCGAGCGGCAGGCCCUGCGGCAAUGCCAGCGUGAGAACCAGGAACUCAAUGCCCAUAACCAGGAACUAAAUAAUCGCUUGGCUGCAGAAAUCACACGGUUGAGGACACUACUGACUGGAGAUGGUGGCAGCGAGUCCACUGUGUUACCACUCACACAGGGCAAGGAUGCCUACGAGUUAGAGGUCUUGUUGCGGGUCAAAGAGUCAGAAAUACAAUACCUGAAGCAGGAGAUCAGCUCCCUCAAGGAUGAACUCCAGACAGCCUUGCGGGAUAAGAAAUAUGCUAGUGACAAGUACAAAGACAUCUAUACAGAGCUCAGCAUUGCAAAGGCCAAAGCUGACUGUGAUAUCAGCAGGUUGAAAGAGCAGCUGAAAGCAGCCACAGAGGCCCUGGGCGAGAAAUCUCCUGAAGGCACUACUGUAUCAGGAUACGACAUAAUGAAAUCUAAAAGCAAUCCUGACUUCCUGAAAAAAGACAGAUCCUGUGUUACCCGGCAACUCAGGAACAUCAGGUCCAAGAGUCUGAAGGAAGGCCUGACUGUGCAGGAACGCUUGAAGCUCUUUGAAUCCAGGGACCUGAAGAAAGACUAACUGCAUCCUGUCCCACCUGACACAUCCUUCCCAGCUGGUGGCAGCACAAGCCCAGUGUGGCUUUCAUCUGCAUCUGUGCUUUUCACUGUUGCCAUCAUUAACUGUGGGUAUGGAUGCAUGAGAGACUGCUGUGUGGGGUGUUUACUCCAUCCCUUCCCUGUUGAUUCCAACUUAUUGUCUGUAUCACAGCUUUUCCCAUGGUAUUCUCGGAUUAGUCACACUCAAGUAGCAGUGGGGAGGGCUCCCCACUGACAUCUGAGCAGGACCCCUGUCCUCCACCACACUCACUGUCAGUAUUAAGGCACAGCAGCCUGUUAAUAAGCUAGCCUGCCUCAGAUUACACAUGUGGGGACCUGCCGUUGGCUCUGCUCUACCACACACAGCUGAGCACCACCCCUGCUGGUUAGAGCAGAACCGCUGAAUGUUCUAGUCUGGCCUGGUUGUGGAGGGGCCUUGGAUAGUGUCCAGCGUGCCUCCCAUUUCCUUUCGACCUGAGAGGACAGCAUUUUGUAUUUGGCCCACUGAUGCAGCUUAUAACCAUAUCCCAGAUAAUCCUGGCAAAUCUUUCACAACCUGGAAAAUGUUGAAAGCAACCAAUCCUAUUUUGGUUUUUUAUUAAAUCUUGCACAAAAGCCCCGGCCCCUCUCAUUCCUUCCUCCGUUCGUGCCUCCCUUGUUAUGAUAACCCUGGUCUAUUGGUGGCUAGGAAUGGUGACCUGCAGCCUGCACCUUCAGGCUUGUCAAGUGUGAUGAACCUUCCCCAGGCCAUCUAGAGGAGAGAAACUGCUCGGUCUUAACCUGUCUGAAAAGAAGUUGUCAAUGUUGCAUGGGGAAGGGAUGAGAGGAGACCUGUUGUCAGGGCAACAUGCAUGUGCUCAGGACUCUGGUCUGAGCUCUGGGAGGUUCCCUUGAGGUGUCUGCUUCUCAUGGAGCCAUUACAGGGAGCCUGUGCUAACAAGUUUGCUUUUCUAGCUAGCUGAACAGAACCUUUCAACCUACCCAAAGCAUUCUAUGUUGUUUCCUUAAAAUUUCUGUUCUCAUUUAAAAAAAAAAAAAAAUCAUACUAUAAGAUGCAGCACACAAAAGAGCCCCAUGUCAGAUCCCACUGUCCUGAGUCCCAAGUCCCUGGCUCGAGUUCCCAUUUUGUGUUGAGUGGGUAGAUGGUCUCUGGGUACACAAGUUCAACUCAUGUAUGAAUCCCUUCCGUCAGUUCUACAGGAGUUGAUGUUCAAGGCUAUCCAGUGUCCAGCUGGCCUUGAAGUAGACAGGUAAAACCCCAAGAUACCUGCUUUAUGACAUAUCCAAGUGCACUGCUGGCCAACAGACUUUUAAGUUCCUCACUGGCACAUGCUGCUCAGUUAUCAUUUAUGUUUGCAGCAUUGGGAAAGUCAGAUCUGUUGAAAACAAGUUGCUGGUGAAACAGUGUUUUGAGCUCAGAGUGGUCCACACAGUAGCAUUUGCGUGGCUGGGAUUCAGGAGUUAUAGUUUUGUGUUGAGGACCACUGUUCUCUCUGGUGUGGUUCCUUUACAAUGUCCUGCUCCCCUUGGGACACUGUGGCCCCAGUGAAAUCAUCUUCCUGCCGUGCCACAGAGCCUUCUGAAGAUGACAAGCCUACAGGUCAAAGAACAUUUUUGUUCUUCACCUCAGAACCCUUGGACAUGACCUUUGCUAAACACAAUACCUUUGAGUUAGAGACAAGGGUUGGGAGAUAAGCUGUACCUAUCUCAUCUGCCAUUCAUGCUCCCACUGAAGGCUCACUUUUGCCAUGAUACAGUUAACUCUGCUCGGGCUGAUUUCAUGUAUAGGUGUUUGGUGUAUUGACCAGAUACUGAGCUGACACAGUACAAGGAUGCCUGGAUCGUCUCCCACUCUCCAAGCCACUCUGAGCAGUAAUGUGAAUCAGGAUGCAUCUUGAGUUUCUUGGCAGUGACUUCUGGCAGAAGUGAACCAGGAAAGAAGCUGGUCUUCUGUGUCCCUGGUGGCCAUGCAGGCCCACUGCAGCAUUUUAUUUGGCCUGCUGCUGUCCUCUGUCAGUUCCCUUCCCCCAGACUGUGCCAGGAUCACUUUUGCCUGACCUCCUUAACAGGCAUCCCAUCCCUGGAAAGAAGCUGAAGGUGGUGUAUUCCAGAGAGGAGGCAUCAAAUGUACAAGUAGAGUUGGUCCGGACAUCAGUAGAAGACGAUGCUUGCUGAGUUUGGAGUAGUAUAGAUCAAGAAGCCUCAAAGCUACUCCCAAGCCCAAACAUUAGUGGCAUGCUUUCUCCGUUUCAUGUUGGGAGCAGCAUUAAAAUUUAUUCCAGAAUUUUAUUUUCUUGUAAAUAUACAUUUGUAAUCUGCCAGCAUCUGCAAGCAAACUGCCAUUACAGGGAACCUACCUGACAUCAUUAGACAGCCGAUGUAAGCACAUGCUUAAAUUACAUCCUGCACAUGUGUGGUGCCCAGCAGCUGAGCAGAGAGCAUGUUUGUCACACGGGGCUGCAGAUUUUCCAGUGUGGUUGUGUCCACAGAGCCAGGGCCAUAAUGGGAAGCCCAUUGUUUCAGGCAUACCAGAAGAGGUCAGGACCUCAUGAAGUAGGGAAAUCCAGAGGGAAGAAGGCUGAGAAUGUGUAAAUUCACUGAGAGAAAGCUAAAGUCAGAGUUGACCCUCCACAGGAUCCAUCAGAACAGUACUGAACUGUGUGUAGUGGUGUAUGUCUGUACUCUUGCACUAAGGGCUCCAAGUUCCAGGUCAGUCUGGACUAUGUAACAAGGUUCUGACUCAAAAUACAGAUGGGUUAAGGGUAUGUACAGCUUAAUAAUCAUAGAACCACCUACCUAGCCUAGGGUUCAACUAUAGCAUUACAAAAAACACACUUGUGAACAUAUGUCAAAAAGGAGCCUGAGAGAUUUAACUAGGAAAAAACUGGUGUGAAAGAUGUUUGAUGGGAUGUGUACUACUGUUAACUUCCCUACAAAGGGUGCCCUGACUUCUACCCUGGAACUAUAGAGAACUCCUCAUUGCUGGCACUUAUCUGGUGCUGAGGAAAGUGGCUGGAUACUACAUAGCCUGUACUGUUUGUGUGAACCUGCAGGCCUGUCCCACACACCAAGUGGUCUUUCUUCUGACCUCCAACCAUACCCUGGCUCCCAAAAACAGGCUGGAUUAAGCACCCAGAGGUCCCAUGCAUCCUGACAUCAGGGAGAACUCUGGAGUUUCCCACUCCUGCCUCUAUGUAUGUAUCCAAUGCAAACUGCACACCAAAGUUGGCUGGCAGCUACAGGCAGACUCAGCCCCCAAAUGCACAAGCAUACCCAGUCCCCACUCUGCUGGUGGAGGGGACAGUUUCCUUGCAGCUGACUGGCCUGCACCUUGCAAAGCACUAUAGACUACCAGUGCAGGGAUGCAUACAGCCUUUCCCAAGGGAGCACUCAGCCUUUCCUAUAUAUUAGCAAGUAACAUUAAGUAUUUCUGAGACAUGAUACAGAGAUUUCAGUGCCACGUUUUUUUUUAAAAACAUCUUGUCUAGACAUCCCUUUAGGGGGUGUGUAGGGCAGUGUUGGAUUCAGUGCAAACCCCACUCAGACAUCAGAAGACCAUGAGUUAGUGAGAUAUGGUAGCUCACACAUUCAAUCCAGCAUUUGGGAGGCAAAGACAAGCUAAGUUUAAGGCCAGCCUGGUCUACAUAAUGAGUUCCAGAAGAGUCAGGGUUACACAAUGAAACCCUAUCUAAAAAUAACUCAAACAACAAAAAAGAAUGAAUUAUUAACUAGUCUUUUUAAGGGCUUUGCAGAGUAUACCUGACCCACACUUGUAGCAAGCCCUUAGCAGUGCCCUGGUUCUUACCCAAAGUUCUCAGAGACAGUAGUGUCACUCAAGAAAGACCAGGACUAGAUGAGGCACUUUUGGCACCCAGCCUUCAGGUUUCUUAGUGUUUUUGUUAGGGGAACUGGCUGGGGUCGUAAGUCUGGGUACCUAGCUUCUGAUAGAAGUGCAGGGCUGGGCUGUGCAGGAGCAGCCUGGCCAUCAGUCUCUAUCUAGCUGCCUGACUAUAUAUAUAUGUGGGGGGGGGGGAGCGCGCUGGAGUCCAGGAAGCUCCCUGGUUAUAUUUCUGUGACACUGGUAAGGAGCAAGUUUCAUCAGUAGAGAGUUUAAAAACUGGACAGUUCAGAACUGAAGGACUUCAGGGCCUCUCCAAUUUCUGUGGGUCACAGGUGGGCCUGGCACAGCUUCCACGGCCACCAUCAUUUGCUGUAAGACGUGCAAUUAUAAGAUUCCUAGCUGAUACAGCCCACUCCAGCUUGCCAGUCAACAUGCCCUUGGCUCAUUUCUGCUUUAGAAGUUAGUCGUACCACACAUCUAAUUUUAUUUUAGCUAGGAAUAGAUCAUAAAGAACACUAAACUCAGUAUUAGUUUCUAUCACAAACUUCAAUUUAAAUGGAUUUUAAAUCACUGUAAGCUUUACCUUUGGUUUUAAUACCAGGAUUCAAAACCAGUUCUGUGGUACUUAACCAGUGUGGCUUUCUGUAGGUGUGCUGUGUACAAUAUAUUGUAAGUAUCGCAGUCACAGUGGCUCCUUGACAAUCAGAACUUUAGGUGACCUCCCACUACAGCUGCUUGAUUGGGGCUGGGGUACAUGUCUGUGAACAGAGCACCACACAGGGCCACUUGGCAGCAAUCACAGGCUUGUGCCAUCUCACCUGGUAUUGAGUUUCUGUUCUGAUACAAUUUGGUCGCCAGACUAAAUAUUAUAUGUAGAAGAAAAUGGAGUCUCACUGAGCCAGGGAGGCUGUGAGCACAGCUGUUCAGAACCAGUUUAGGCCUCAGUGUAUGUGCACAGGGUGUGGCCUUCCUCCAGAUAAAGUAUCCCCUAACUCAAAGUUCUUACGGUCCAGUGUGAGGUGUUCACUACAACUGAAAUGUUAAUUUGUAGAAAUAUUUAUUCCUUUGUGUGACAAGCUAGAGUCCUUGGCUGUAGCUAACCAUUUUUAUUGUGUAAAUACUGCUUGAUUUUACAUGAACUGUAUCAUAAUAAACUAUUUUUGCAUUGCC